AAACCAACUGUUUCAAUAAUAUCAUAAAGCUAUAAAGUCAGACCAUGUCUCGUACCAAGUCACAAGACUUAUAACAGCCUUUCGUUCGCGACUCGUUUUUCCUUAGCGUCUUUCUGCUUACGCCUUUAGGACUACCAACAUGAUGAAAUCCGUCGGUGUUGUCCUUCUUCUCACGGCAACUUUUGCCUACUCCGGUGUUGAAGGUGCAAAUGGGUGUGCAAAGUACCUAAAUAACAUGUUGAAGAACGCAGACGUGAAAACUUCAUUCCCCGACUGCAUGUCUGAUCCAGCGGGACAGGCAGCCUUGACUGCCCUCGCAGGUAAUCCUGACUGCAAAGGCUACAAGUUCAUAACCCACAAUCACAAGUGCGAAGUUCUCGCAGCUCCCUUCAUGAAAUGUGUAGCGGGAAAAAUUGGUGUCUUGAACGCUGCUGGCUCCAUCGAUAACACAAAGAUCUUAGCCGAGUACACGGAAUGGGCCAAGGGCCCUGGCUGCGACGCUGCUCAGUUCGGCUUCGGUGUGAAAAAAUGUGGCAUGAAAAUCAAGAACUACGCGUUCCUGAAGAAGGCCGCAUGCAUCGCUAGGGAGUCGAAAAAAUACACUGCACAAUCUGGUCCUGCACAAUCUGGUGCAGGUCCUGCACAAACUGGUCCUGCACAAGCUGGUCCUGCACAAUCUGGUGCAGGUCCUGCACAAGCUGGUUCUGCACAAGCUGGUCCUGCACAAGCUGGUCCUGCACAAGCUGGUCCUGCACAAUCUGGUGCAGGUCCUGCACAAUCUGGUGCAGGUCCUGCACAAUCUGGUGCAGGUCCUGCACAAGCUGGUGCAGGUCCUGCCCAAGCUGGUGCAGGUCCUGCACAAUCUGGUGCAGGUCCUGCACAAGCUGGUGCAGGUCCUGCCCAAGCUGGUCCUGGCGUAUAACCAAGCAUCUGGCUUAUAACCAAUCAUUAUGAACUUGAAUAUAAUGAGAAAUCAAGAUUUUUUAGCGUUCCUUGCACUUCAAACUUAGUGACUUAUUGUUCUUAGAACCUUUGCACUUGUUUUUUCUUCUCCUGAUAGGUUGGAAUAGUUUCUUAACACUUCAGCAAUGGAACUUUUAUAUCAUUUCACACAAGCUGUGCGACAUAAUUUACAAUACAUUAUCUGCGUGAA